UUCGAGCUGCUUUACUUUCAACAAGUUCACCCGAGACGUUACGUCCGUGAUCCUAAGAUGCGGGGUGGAUUUGUGAUUUUCGCUCUAUUGGGCCUUGUUUCUGGAAGUUUCGGGAGAAAAGGAUUCGGUCCUGGCGAGCAAGAAUGGGGCUACGUCAAAGUGCGACCUUACGCGAAUAUGUUCUGGUGGCUGUAUUACACCACGGCAAAAGUUAACUCGUAUUACGACAGACCGCUGCUCAUCUGGUUACAAGGCGGACCGGGCGCAUCUUCGACGUCGUUUGGAAAUUUCGAGGAACUGGGUCCUCUCGACACCGACUUGAAUCCGAGAAAUCACACUUGGGUUAAAAACUACAACGUUCUCUUUAUCGAUAAUCCCGUCGGUACCGGAUUCAGUUACGUCGAACGCUUAUCAGCGUACGCGACAACAAACAAACAAAUUGCCGACGAUCUUGUAGCGUGUAUGAAAGGAUUCUACCAACAACAGCCGAAUUUCCGGAACGUAUCGACUUACAUUCUCACCGAAUCGUACGGCGGCAAAAUGGGUGCGGAGUUCGCGCUUGUCUGGGAUCGUGCUCAAAGAAUUGGCACAAUUAAUAGUAAUCUAAAGGGAGUCGCACUCGGAGACGCUUGGAUUUCCCCCAUUGACUCUGUAAUGACGUGGGCGCCAUUUUUGCUCCAGACGGGUAUGGUCGACACGGAAGGGUACAAGAUAAUCGAUGCCGCGGCGCAAGAAACAAAACGUAUGGUCGAAACUGGCCAGUGGAACAAAGCGACUCAACUUUGGGCUCACACAGAAAACGUCAUCGACAAUCAGACUCAUGGAAUUGACUUCUACAACAUUCUCACUCCGCAAAGUUAUCACACACAUAAGGAACGUUCGUUCUCUCUCGAACCAGAAUCUAUGUAUCAACGUUUCGUCAAUAUUCAGUCUUACUCGCUUGACGACUUAAUGAAUGGUCCGGUGAAGGAAGCGCUCGGUGUUAACGUCACUCACGGCGAACAUUCCGGAACGGUCUUCGUGAAUUUACAAGAAGACUUUAUGAAACCUGUUAUUGACAUAGUGAACCAAUUGCUCGAUAAAACCAAUUUGAAGGUAUUCGUGAUCACCGGGCAAUUGGACCUGAUUGUCGACACACCAGGUACUCUUCUUUGGGUCGAGAAACUGAAGUGGAAAGGCGCCUUUGAGUGGAAAAAUUCGUCCAGAGAUCCCCUCGUAAGUCAAUCCAACUUGAUCGAGGGUUACAACAAGAACCACGUUAAUUUCGGAAUGUAUUGGGUCAACAGAGCUGGACAUAUGGUUCCGAAGGACAACCCAGACGGUAUGAACGUUAUAUUGGAGCAUUUGACGAGCAACGCGAAGUGAACGAAAGGCAGACUUUUAUUUGUGGCUUUUAAAUAUGCGAUUCAAUAUAACGACGCUUCAUCUCUUUCGCAACUUUUUUUAAGAGAACUGCACGCGAGAUUAUAAAAAAACACGUCAUCAUAUAUUCAUUCAUUUAUUCGAGAGAACAAUUCUGAUUACUUAUAUAAUCAUGUAUGUCUGUAAUAUAUUACAAUUUUCACAGAGAUAUUUACACUUUUGUAUUAUAUAUUAAAUGAUG